UUCACUUUACGGCAGCCCGGGCCUUCCGGUUAUAUUCCGCAGAGCGCUCUUUACGCUAAACGUUAGCAUUAAUUUUCCUGCAGAGUUCCGCUAUCUGUUCAAAUACAAUGGGAAUAGAGGAGGAAACGGACCGGACGCUCUUUAUUAGAAAUUUGGAUCAAAGAGUGACGGAGGAGCUUCUGUUUGAACUGUUUCUACAGGCGGGACCUCUCAUCAAAACCAAAAUUCCAAAAGACGCGGAUGGGAAACAGAAGACAUUUGGUUUUGCAGUUUAUAAACAUGAAGUGUCCGUGCCGUACGCCAUGCAGCUACUCAACGGGGUAUCGCUGUAUGGAAGAACCAUCCAUGUGCAGUUCAGAUCAGGUAGCAGUCAUAGCAGCAGUCCAGGGAACUCACAGAAUUCAAGCCCUGCAAAUACCCCAAAUCCGCAUGGCCAGAGGACCCCGAACCAGUUCAGCCCUCCUUCCUAUACUCCUUCGCACCAAAUGCAGAGGUCCCUUUCAUCUCCCGAUAAUCUGCAGAAGCAUGUCAUGAUGAACAACAUGAUGUGGCAGCUCCACCUGCAGCAGCUUGAGCAGUUGAACGGCAACUUCCCCAAGCCUCUGCAGAGGCAGACGUCUGCAGGUGGAAAUUCCGGCGGAGGCGGCUCAAGGCAGCACGACAGCUCCCCCUAUCGGCAUCCAUCCCACACGAACAGUGGUAGCAGAAAUCAGCGCUACGCAGAUGACCACGGUCAAGGCCGUCACCAGCAACACGGCCACAGCCGGGACAACUAUCACCAUCAGAACGACAGGAGCGCCAACCGCCACCAUGACAGCAGAGGUGGCAACAGACAUCACGAUGAUAGGGGUAACCGUGGCUACCAAGAUAACAGAUGGCGACGGUACUGAGACGCCGGAAAGACUUCAGUUCUUCACAAAAUUACGGACAGCUCACUACAACAUGUCAUUAAUGUUGACAGACUCACAUGUAUACUCAGGUUGUUUGUACAUGAUCCUGCUAGUUUGAAGAUUUGAUAUUUUAUGCCUUAGACAGACUUUUGUUUACUUUUAAGGCAUUUUUAAAUUUGUACAGUUCGUCGUGUGAGUUUUUCCUCACAGAUGUUUUGAGCUAAGAGCAAGGGCAGAAAAAAUCAGACAUGACUGGUGGUCAUUUUGGAAGUAUGAGGAAAAAAACAUGUAUUUAAAAAAAAAGAUUUAGGAUAUUGGCAAGUUUUUAUGUUAUGCAAAAAGUAUUUAAAUGGUGCUCCUAGAAAUUCUUCAGGUACUUUGCAAAAAAGAACAAAAGCUCCAGCUAAAGAUUCCACCAGCACCACUUUUACGGCGAGAGGGCACCAUCCUUUCUUAAUGUUAUAUCUAUUGACCUUGCUCUUUCUAAAAAAAAACUGGCUUUAUUUUAUUUUUUUAUUCUGAGUCUGUAAGACAAACUGUUUUAAAAUGGAACAUUUUCAUUAUUAUAAAGCUCCUUUCAUUUGA